GAGCUUCCCCUGCCUGCCUGAGCAACAGCCGCCCACGCAGCCGCGUGUGGAAGGUUUUCCGUCGAUCCCAAGGUUGAUCCCCUCCCGGUUGUGCCAACCAGCCAUGAUCCGCCUGUUGCUUCUCGCCGUCUGUCUCGGCGCCGUCUCCUCUCAGCAGACGAGCGGUGAGCUAGCCUCUACCUGUGUGUGUGAAAGUUUGUGUGGCGCCACUCACUGGUCCGUUGUGCGUGUGAGCAUGUAGGGGGGCUGCCGUCUCUGCCGUCUCUGCCUGAGUUGUCCGUCACCGCUGGCCAUGAGCUGACCGGAACCGCCACCACGGCCACGACGGCCCUUCACAGUGUGUGGUCUGGGGCGUCCGGCGGCCAGCAUCAGCUGUCGCUCGUGCAGCAGCUGUCGCUCGUGCAGCAGGAGCAGCUGCAGCACGCCAAGACCAUGGUGGAGUUGGCCAAUAAGGUCAGCGAGGCGGCCCACCAGCUGGCCAGCACCGCCCUGGCCACCCUCGACACCGCCCAGCAGCAGAUGGAUCUCAUCGCCGAGGGAGAGGCCGGUGCCGCCAUCGCCAAGGAAGCCGGGGAGCAGCCGGAACCUGCCUUCCUCUCAGAGGCCGGUGAGCGAGAGCGACUCAGCCACGGGAAGUUGCUGAAAAGAGCCAAAGCGAAGGCCCCAGCUGCUACGUGCGUGGUGUUGUCAGGUUCCCUCUCCGCCGUUGAGGGGCCCGACCGGAACGCGAUGACGUGCCGCGUCCAGCGGAAAAACCGAGAAAAAGGGGGCCACCUCCAAGUGAUUGGCUGCCCAGAGAAGGAUCGCGUGUGCGUCCUCGACAGCAAGGACCCAGAGGACGGGCCAGCCGGCGCCAACGGCCACUGCGUCGACCGGGACCUCUACAAGCUCCACUGGGGGUGCAGCCACAACCACUCGAUGCAGGACAAAAAGGGGACCUUCCCACACAAGAUCCAAGAACUUCAGUCGGGCAAGUACUGCCGAGUACUGCGCGGCUGAGUCGUUGACAGUUCCGAUGAAUCCCGAGAGAGAGAGAGAGAGAGAGGAGAGGGAGGCGGGGAGAGAGAGGGGGGCAAUGCAGCGGACGAAAGCAUGUACAUGUUGAAGCGGUGAUCGGCCGACCACACACAGACACAUAGAUCCAUUCAUCGGUCGGUCAAAACACACACGCCCCACACACGCUGGGACGCAGUUGCGAAUUAUCC